UCUAACCUUACUUUUUUAAAAUUAUAAUAAGAGUUUAUGUUUAGUUGUUAAAAUGGCCUAUUUUAUUGGACCAGAUAUAUCGGAUAGUGAUAUUUCGGACGACGAUUAUGUUUCUUACGAAAAUAUACCCGAGAAUACAACAUUUAAGCAAGUAUCUCGAGAAUUAACCGAAAAAGAGAAACAACAUCAAUUGAAUACUUCUAUGUACAAUGCUAUUUGUAAUAACAAUGUAGAAGAUGUAAGAAAAUUCAUUAACAAUGGUUUUGACGUUAACACGUAUCUACAAAAUGAUUGGACACCUUUGUUUUUGGCCGUAUCCUUUGGUAGUGCUAAAAUAACAGAAGAAUUACUAAUGUCUUUAGCGGAUGUACAUUUGAAAAGAGACAGUUGCACAACACUUAUGAUGGCUUGUAACUGCCCCAAAGAAACUUCUCCUUGUACGGAAACAUUGAAAGUUAUAAGACUGUUAGUAAACCACGGAGUUGAUGUUAAAGCUGUUAAUAAGACUAGAAUGACUGCUUUGAUGUUUGCUGCGAAUGUAGGUAAUUUACCAGCCGUUCAAUUUUUACUGCCAUUAUCUAAUAAAGAUGCCGAAGAUAACCAAAAGUGGACAGCGCUGUUUUGGGGGGUACAAGGAAAUGCAGUUGACGUAGUAAAAUAUUUAUUAGAGCAAAAUUUGGAGUAUACUAAACCGGAUAUAAGAAACAACACCCCACUUGAUAUUGCUAAAAAUAACGAUUUUAAAAAUAUUAUUGAAUUAUUUCCACAAGAAGAAGACGAAUAUAUUCUAUGUCCAAUAAAUCCGAAUGUAUUAUCAUUUGAUGAAAUGUUUACUGAUUUAAGUACUGCCCAACCUGAUUUCUUCUUAGAUACAUAUAACAUGCUCUGGGGUAUGAGAAGUGAAUGUCUGAUAAAACACUUGAUUGAUAAAAAGUUAACUUUGAAAACAGUUUUAUCCAUAACUGAAGAAGAAUUGGAGGAACUUGGAGUGAAAAUGCCUUUUCAAAGAUACAGAAUCCUAGCGGGUUUAUACAAGUUUCAUAAACACCCUUUUCAUCCGAAAUCAAUACCAGUAGUGCCUUUAACUGAAACUUACAGUAAUAACGAUACUGCAAUACAGAUAUUAUCAGCUAUUAAACAAAUUAUCACUAUGGAAGCAGGGUUGCAUUUUAUAAUGAAACAUUGUAGCACAGAAGAUAUUUCGAUAGAACAACGCGCUUCCAUUAAGAAAAAUAUCAAAAACAUUAGAAAUAUAUUGACAAAGUGUAACAUUAUUUCUAAAAAGAUUUGUGAAAAAACUAAAAAUUUGGAUAAACAACGAGAACCUGUUGAUCUUGUUAAUAAAGAUUCUUGUCGACCCCUAAUACCUUGGAGAAAAAUUUUAUUUUCAGUUUCAGUUGUUACACUCAUACUUGUGAUUCAAUUAAAAAAAUGUGAUUCUUAAGGGUACAAAUCAAAUACGAAGUUUAUUUUUUAACCUUGUUAUUAAAAUAGAGAUGUAUAUUACUUUAAAGCAUAUUAAUGUAUAAAUAUUUUUCAAGAUAAAGGAAAAAUUGUAAAAGAAAUAAUGAUAUUAAAUACCUGUAAAGUCGUUCAUGAGAUAUUUAUCUCUCCACGUUUCCAAUACAAUAUCUAAAAUGAAUAAAUCGUCUUCAUUAGCAGUCUGUAUCAAAUUUUCUAUCGGAAUGUUUAAGGAUUGUCUAGUGUUCAGUUCUUUUGUAUCCUGUCCAAUCAACAUGACAGGAAAAUCAUAGGAUUCUCUUGAAUAUAAUUGGUUAUCGAAUUGAAUCGCAGCUACAGAAACUUUCAAUUUCAUUUUCUAAAAAAUUAUUAGAUAUAAAAAAAACUUAUUAACAUUUUUAUAUAUUAUACUUACCUCAGUUUGUGAAGCCACAAUUACAAUAUUAUCAAAUACCAAACUAGCAACUUCCCACCUUUCUGUUCCUUCUGCUUUUAAUCCAGAAAUAAAUAUCACAGUAAAAGCAUUUAUAAAAGCAUUGAAAUUUAAACAGUCCCACUGAUUACUCAUGGGUAAAGUGCGUACUAAUAGAGAUUUUGUUUUCGGUGAUAAUAGGGAAACGUUAGACUCAGACCAUCUCCUUUUCGAUUCCAAUGAUUCAUCUAGAGAAUUGUAUUCUUUUGAACGAUUUUUGGUAUUAUACCGUUGAUUUUGAUUCUCUAUCGGUAUUACAGUAUCUGACAAAGACCUUGGUAGCUCUUCUGGGUCAUACAGUUUCGAUAGCUGUAGUGGUUCCUGUUUUUGAAAAUUUAAUGUAUAUUUUGUUUAAAUUUUGAGUUGAUAAUUAUUUUUAAAAAUUUGAACUAUUUACAAUUUUAUAUAUCUCAGAAGUGUUUCAUUAACAUGAUUUUAGUUAAACAGGAGAGACAUACGGGGGAGAUACAAUAUGGUUUCAAGUAUAUGGGAUAUUGUCAAUAGUUCUAUAUAGAAUAAAAGCAAUGAUUACCGAAA